AUCGAUAUGAACUCGAACCAGUACGCCGGCCGCCUGGCCCGCAAGUUGUUUAGCGCCCUCAACAAUGACCGCGACUACCUGGUGGUCGACGAUUUUCUGCCGUUCUUCGACAAGGAGGAGGACGCCAUCAAGGCGUUCGAGUUCUUUGACAAGGAUGGAAAUGGCGAUAUUAGCAAGCGCGAGAUGCGUGACCGCAUUAUGCUGGUCUACAAGGAGCGCCGGUCCCUGAUUAACGCGCUCAGCGACAUGUCGCAGGUCGUUGGCAAGCUCGAUCUGUUCAUGACUGCCUUUGCCCUGUUGGUUAUUGUCAUCAUUGCCCUACUUGUGUUUGGCCUCGAUGCCCUGAAGAGCCUGGCCACAAUGGGUACUCUGUUUGUCGGCUGGAGCUUUGUGUUUGGCAACACAUUCAAGACUGUAUUCGAGUGUAUCAUCUUCCUGUUCCAGGUGCACGCCUACGACGUCGGCGAUGUCGUCGUGAUUGCGGCCGAGACCAUGACUGUGUCCAAGAUCCGUCUGCUCAGCACCGUCUUCUUCAAGGGCGACGGCACAUACACCGUGUACCCGAACAACCAGCUGGCCACGCAGAAGAUCCAGAACAUGCGCCGCUCGAAGCCCCAGAGCGAGUCGAUCGUGGUUGCCUUUGAUUUCCACACGCCACAGGAGAAGCUCAACGCAUUGCAAGACCGCAUGAACGAGUAUGUCGACGAGCACCCGCGCGACUUCUCUGGCCCCAUCGGCUUCACCCUGGACCUUUUGGAGAACGUCAACCGGAUCCAGCUCGGCAUCGGCCUCAACUACAAGAGCAACUUCCAGGACGGUCGUAGGUUCGGCAUCAAGAACAGCUUCGCCUUUGCCCUGCGCCAGGCCAUUUGCGAUCUCGACCUGCGCUACUCGAAUACCCUCCAGCCUGUUGCCAUGGUGCAGUCGCCACCG